CAAGAAAAGAGAGAAACCCCGUCCCGGCCGCUAGACCGUCUGCUCCCGUCUCCAGAGUGCCGAGUAUAUCCCAGGCUAGAGCCGCCGCCGUUUCUUAUCCAGACGCUGGAAAAGUCGUGUAAUAGUGCCAGCUCACACUAUGCCGCCGCCUAGAGCCACACAUGUCUUCACCUUUGGACUCGCUGCGCCGCCUGUCAGUGAGGCAUUGGAAAGACUGGUCUCAACACACCUUGAACACGCUGCACUUAGAGUCCAGGAAGCAACUGGCGUUUUCUCUCCUUCCUCAGACCCGUCGCCGUCAGAGUCAUGUCCGGCCGCACAACAAGAUGUCGCGGCGUUGGUGACCGAGAUGGGAGACUACCUGGCCCGGACAGCAAUGAUAUGGUCUUCUCUCAUCCAGAGCCUCAUACAAGGACCUCACAUUGACCUCGUCACGCUUCAAAUCUUACAAAAGUCCAAAGCAGACACCCGGGUUGCAGAUCUCUCUGCGUCUGUCUCAAUGGACGUCACCCUGAGCCGCCUUCGCAAGAUGCGCGAUCUGGCGGAGCAGUACUCGCGGGAUGUCCAGGCCGUCUGGAGGAUUGGAGGCCACAGGAGGCCGAGUCCGUCCUGCCCACGGGCGUCUCCUGCGUCACACGACGGCCCCCCAUCCGGCGCCCCAUCGGUGACCUCACCGCCAUUGUUGACUUCGACGCCCAUGGUGACAAUGCCAACGGCGGCAGCAGUAUCGGCAUCGGAAGCGACCUCUGAAUCAGCAGCAACGCCGUCAGCGGCAGAAUCACCAAUAUCCGUAGCGACGCCGGCAUCAGACGCAACGCCAACUGCGGCAACCCCGAUCGAGCAGGAUGACUCGGACGACUAUUCGGAUGAAAACCAAUUUGCGGGCAUCAACAUGAAGGCCCUGAAGCAACGAGGCAAGGGAAAAUACUACUGCCCCAGGGGCCAUCACUGCGACAAGGGCGGGGUCGACAAGCAGGGCAACCUGGUACUCUUCGACCGUAACUCAUCUUUUGCGUAUGUAGUCAUCUUUCCCCAUCCAGCGCGUGGCAACGAACUGUCCAGCUGUCUCCCGUUCCUUGCCCGUCUCCAGGUUCUCCCUACCCGCAACAUUGCAACAAACAUCGCAAGCCUUGGCGGUGUGACGUGCCUGGCUGUCCGAAUCCUCCCAAGAAGCGCCGAUUUGCGCGUCGUGACGGGCUGGAGCGCCACAAGGCCACAGUCAAGCAUUACUUCAUGA